AUGUGCGAAGAUAGGCACUCAGAAAGCACGGCGGGCGACUGCGUGGCCUCGACACGCGCCGACCCUCCGAGUGCCAGGCCACCCUCGCCGGAUGCUGUCGCCUCGGACCCAAACGUGGCGGCCGGCCGGCACAUUCCCCGAAGCCCUCUCGCAUCCCAUUCCGAGAGCUUGAUGGACAUGCAAAUCCCGCCAGCGUCGCCGUCACCCCGAUCAAGCAGGAAAAGAGGCCUAGACGAAUUGAUUGUCGACGGCACGCCGCCGUCACCUGACAAGCUGCAACGCGAGCUCGACCGGCAACACGAAGAGGCCCUCGAGGCACGCCGCGCCGCUACCUCCCUUCUUCAGCCAGAAGCUUCAUCUCGGACCCAAGCCCAAGAGAGCAAGCGGCAGAGGAAACUGGCCUACCGAGGCAAACCCCUGGUACACGAUGCGAAGCCGCGCACGGACAAUAACAACAACAACAACAACAAAGACAACAACGGCAAGGGAGGCGGUGGGUAUACCAGAGAAGGGCGGCCCAGCUCCCCUGCAAACUCUUCAGAACAUUAA